AGCUGGUGUAAAAGAUAUUGUAUAUUGGUGAAGGUCAAACUGCGGUAUAUAACUUUUUGAAAUACGAAUUGCUUUUCGUGCUGUUAAAUUAACCACAUCACUCAGAAGUUGCCGUCAAAAAUGUCUGAUAAAGUCACAGCUGAUCCUCACACUGUCAAAAAUGUGGCGGAUGAAAUCCGAAAAUUAAUAAAUAUUGUUCCGGAAAUCGGGAUUAUUUGUGGAAGUGGUUUGGGAACGUUGGCUGAAGGGGUACAAAAUAAAAAAGUAAUUCCAUACAAAGAGAUAGCUGGUUUCCCUCAAACAUCUGUUGCUGGACAUUCUGGAAACUUGGUGUUUGGAACUAUUAGUGGCCGAAAUGUAGUUGUGAUGCAAGGACGCUUUCAUAUGUAUGAAGGAUACAGCAACGACACAAUUGCUCUUCCCAUACGUGUGAUGAAGAAACUGGGAGUCAAACUUCUCAUGGUUAGUAAUGCUGCUGGUGGUCUCAACAGAAACCUUAAACUCGGUGACUUUGUGAUCUUGAAAGACCAUAUCUACCUUCCUGGACUAGCAUUAAAGAAUAUUUUGGUUGGACCAAAUCAUGAUGAAUUCGGUACUCGGUUUCCAGCACUGUCAGAUGCGUAUGACAGUGAAGUACGAAAAUUAGCUGUGCAAAUCGCGAUGGAAAAUGGAGAUGGGGAUAUAGUUCAUCAAGGUGUUUACGUGAUGAAUGGUGGUCCUUGUUACGAAACACCUGCUGAAUGCACUAUGCUACUUAACAUGGGCUGUGAUGUUGUAGGUAUGAGUACAAUUCCAGAAGUAAUCAUCGCAAGACAUUGUGGAAUUAGAGUGUUCGCUGUUUCAUUAGUCACAAAUAUAAGUGUACUAGAUGUCGAUAGUAAAGUGUUUCCAAAUCAUGAAGAAGUUUUAGCUAUGGGUGCUCAACGUGCUGAGAAAAUGCGAGGAUGGUUUGAAAAAAUUAUUGCUGCACUACCUGAAAAAUUAGACAAAGAUUAGAUCAUUUAAUGGAAUGAAAAAGUUCAACCAUUCCAAUCAUUAAUUUACUUAUUGUAAUAAAUAGUUAUUUUUUUAUAAA